AUUUGAUCAGCUGAUCGGGCCAUAUUGUUGGCACCGAUUUCGAUGUGUCCGAGAGAAAACGUCAAAGAAAUGUCAAUUGUUGACAUAAAAAACAGUAUGUCUAUUUCCAUGCUUCUUUGUUGUACUGAAUGUUGAAGAAUAACGUUAUAACGAGACAGAACAGAUGUCCAACUAAAAAACGAAGAGAAAGAAAAAAUCCCCAUCAUGCAAGAAAAAUAAUAUUAUCGUAGCACGCAUUUCUCAACAUCCGCGUUGCGAUGAUCCACGUUUAUCGCUCGAGUUUGUAACUAAAAUUUCCCAUUGAAACAUGAAUAAAAGCCACGCGAACAAGAGACUGAAUCAGCUGCCGAGUUGGCUGUGGACCAAUUCGACCACGUUGCCGCCGGUUUACAAGAUGGUGUGGGAGGCGGUACGAGAGGAUCGAGUCAGAUCGAACGGUAUGCAGAACGAGUUGCUCGUCGACACCAACAAGGUGUUUCCACUUUUACUCACCAGCCAACUGCCCACGGAAGUACUCGGUCACAUAUGGAAUUUGGCUAAUCAGAAAUACGCGGGACAGCUGACUGAGCAGGAAUUGUAUAUUGUACUGGCUCUUGUGGCUGCCGCUCAAACAUCUUACACUUUCAACAGUCUCGAUAUAUUGCAUUUACUCCCUUUCCCACCGACACCGUAUUUGAACAUAGAGUGUUUGAUGAAUCUUCAACCUGCGCAAAUGAAUACGGCAAAACUUCAAUAUCAUGCCAACGAAGAGUCCACUGUUGGCAAUACGAGUAUAGAUGGAAAGUACAUGCUUGAUGUCAAAGGAAAACUUAAGAGAGUGCAUGCAAGCACAAUGGCUGAUGCAAAUGUGUUCUUCUCUAACAAUACAUCUGGAAAAUCAUCCAGUUUUGAUGGCAAGAUUCAGACUCCAGUUGGAAAUAAUCUCAAUAACUUGUUCAAAGAUGUGAAACAAACUUCCUCACGUGCCGAGCCGUCUGUAUCAUCCUUCGAUGAGUCCUGUGAUGAGUUUACGGAAUUUCAGAGCGCUCCCAUUCCCAAUGUCUCUACUACUUCCAAUAUAGUACUGUGGGACAGCAAGCAAGGUUCUGCAAUUGGCAGCAGACUUGCCAAUCACAAUCUAGGAGUGAAGAAAACAGUUGACAAGGUCAAAAAAGUUGCUUCCGUACCGAAAUCCAUGGAAGUUAACAUGCAAGUUCACGCCAAUGUGUCGUCAUAUCAGAGCAGAGAUCAUCAGUCCGCGUUAGAGCCCUCACUGGAUUUGUUUCCCAAGUGUGCGGUAAAGAAUCAGUCGAAAACAGUCAUACUUAAAGAUACCGUAAUUCGCAAUAAUGACAUACCCAAGGAUUACAGUGACGCUAGUCUAGCAAGCGUGUCCGAGACACAUGCUACCAAUGACAAAGAAAUAUUACCUAAGGUAACACCAAAGGCUGUUACGGUAGAUACGUCUGAUUCUGUUCAACAAGAUUUAAUGAGCUUGCAACAAAUCGAGGAUAAAUACAGUGCAUUACGCGCAUUAGUUCAGGAAACCUCCACUGCGAAUGAUGCGAGUUCGAACGUAAAUUUUAACAAUCAAUCGGCCGACGAAUUCGGGGAAUUUAUGUCUGCGGAACAACCGUCUACCAAUCCCUCGACAUCAGAUGCUUUGGAUACCGAAAGCUUUAGCAAUAUACUCGCAGAUUUUGAUUUCAAAACACAUCCUACUGUCGACAACAACAGUAACUUAACGAACAUGAACCUGGUAUCCGAAGUAUCUGAGUCGUUUAGUAAUCUAAAAUUUGACGAUGGCAUUGAAAUACAGUCUGUAGAAUCAGGAAAGAAUGUUCAGAAAGAGGAUGCUAUUUCGAUAAAUAGUGUAGAAUUGAUUAGUGGGCCGUCUGAAGCACUGCCACGAUCUGGAUCUGUGCCUAGUUUAGAUCUUAAAUCAUUUUUGCCUUCGAACAUAGAGGAAGAUCAAGCUGUAGAAACGUCGCAGCAGACUAUGUACUGGGAAUGGAAGCAGUAUAUGGAAAGUUGUAUUUUGCUGUUACAAGUAGCAGCCAAUAUAUUCACUAGUAUUACAUCAGAGUUAGUCUUGAAAGAAGUCUUGAAUUCGGCUCAAGGAUACAACUUUCUUUGUCAAUUGGCCGAGGUCGCGGCUGUUUGCAGACGCGUUAAUUUUUCAUACAAAGAGUUGGAUAUAAACAUUGUUGGAUUUGAUGACCUUUUGAUGGACAUCGAUCGGGUUUGGGCUGAAAUGGAACCUUUUUACGCGAACAUACCGAUCAUCACCGAGUUACCAGUUUGGCCGUUGCACCAAGGAGAAUGUAUUACUUGUUCGCUGUGUCUGACGGUUAUCACGAGCGGUCGAGUUAUUUAUAACGACAAUAGCUAUCACGCAACUUGCGCGAACCUGUGGCUUAAUUGCGUGAAUAACCAAUUACCGGUGAUGCGAUAUAAUCAUCUGCUUUAUCAGUCGAAUAUAUGUCCAGGAAGUCAUAUUUAAAGUAUCAAUUUGCACGUAACGCGUGUUUUUAAAUUUAAAUUAAAUAAGAAUACAAAUUCUUCGCGAGAGAGAUCUUAUAUAAAUGUGUAUAAGCUGAUUAUUAUUAAGAGCGAUCUCUUAAAAUGUAGCUCCGACACAUAUAGUUUUCGUCAAUAUAUCGAAAGUCAGCACUCAUGCACAAGGCAAAGUUCUACUUAAAAAAAAAAAAUAAAUAUAU